AUGAUUAGCUCCUAUAAAACUCUUAAUCCAACUUACGUAAUACCAACUUACUCCACAGAUGAAAUCUCUAAGUUUUCAAAUCUUCAUGGUCAGACUGAGGAAAGCUAUGCGAGUGAGACUGAUUUCACAUCAACCAUGGUACUGGAUGCCUAUGAUCCUCAACUUAACAUUCAUAAUAAUACUUACCAUCCUGUCGAUUCUCCUUUUAACGUUUAUGAAAAUGUCGAUCAUUAUCAAUCU